CCAAUGCUAGCAUGCUAGCACCCACUUCGUCUUCAUCUCUUGUUUCUCAGGAGAGUUUCUCAACGCCCUCUGCCGCUACGACAUCGGCGUCGUCAUCGAAUGCAACAGUAAUUGGUGACAGCAGCGUCAAUAGCAAAAAUAAUUUAUCGGAAUGUCUCACCACGUCGUCCUCAACGACACCUUCCUAUUUUAUAAUAUAUUACUGGACAAUAUUGUACACUUAUAUAUCAAAUAUUUUCAGCAAAGCAACUGCACGGCUGCGUAGGCGUUCCACUGUCGAGCAUGCAUAUUUAACACAAGCAGCACAUUCACCGGACGCGAAUAACAACACAAAUAAUAACAAUUCACAACAACCACCACUACGUCGUUCUCCGCGCCUUAAACCAAAAAAGCAGUUGCAACAGCAGAUUGCUUCAUCUUCAACUGAAAACAUUCCACCUCAAAAAAAUAAUCCGGAACUUCGAUUUAGAAGAAAUAUAAAACAAGUUAACCAAACCUCAUUGACAUCUUCAUCAUUAUUUUCUUCGUUGAUGAAAACAAAAACACUUAUCUUGGAUUUAGACGAAACGCUGAUACAUUCAACCUCAAGGGGAUCACGGGCUGAUGCACAUAUGAUUGAAGUUAUGGUGGAUAAUCACGCUUGCCUAUAUUAUGUCCACAAAAGACCACAUGUGGAUCACUUUUUAAAAAAGGUUAGUGAAUGGUACAAGGUGGUUAUUUUCACAGCCUCUAUGCCUGAAUAUGCCGACCCAGUAAUUGAUUGGCUGGAUCCAAAUAAAAACUUGGUCUCACACCGAUUUUUUCGCCAGGAUCUAACAAUCGUUGAGCCUGAUCUUUCGAGAGUAUGUUUAAUUGACAAUUCGCCAAUUUCCUAUGCGAUGCACCAAGAAAACGGUAUACCAAUCGAGGGUUGGAUCAGUGACCAACAUGAUGAGGCACUAUUAGAUUUGUUACCUUUUCUUGAUGCGUUAAGAUUUACUGAGGAUGUGAGGUCCAUACUUUCUUUACAGACUUAUUGA